CUUUGUCCUUUUUUAAUAGUAAUGACACAUCAUUGAUAGGAUACUGACCCUCUUUUGCUGGGAGUCCUCUGCUCCUACAGAGAAAUUGCCAAUCUACCAUGACAAUUGCCUCUGGUACUCUCUCCAUGAGCCUCCUUAUAAAAGAGGGAUUGAGACAGGAUGGCAGAUGCUGAUGAAAGCAAGGCAAGUGCUGCAGAGCAGGUUUCGUCAACUACACACAGUGAAAAAACACAAGAUAACAAGGACACUGCUCACCUGACCUCAGAGGAAAGUGUAGUUAAAAGUGACCAUAAAACUUGUGAUUCUCAAGCAAAUGAAAAUGGAACAGAUAAGAAGGAGGGGAAUCAACCAGACUUCUCAGAGUCACAUGAUUAUGAACUAAUCAAUGGGCAGUAUUAUUACACAGACAGUUCAUCAGGGCAGAGGUACAUGUAUGAAGCAAAUAAGGGUGAGUGGGUUGCAGUGGAUGCCUCUGAAGAGAAACAAGACCAGCAGGUUACCGUGGAUGAUGAAGGAAGAACAUACUAUUAUGCAGAUGAUAUGCAUCUUUGUAGAGACCCACAUGGCAAUGUAUUUUACUGGGAGGAAGAGGAAUGGAAACCAUGGACAGAGAAGGCCUCUGCAAAACCUGAUUCAGCCAGUGAUAAGAAGGACUCUAAGUGGUAUUUUUAUCAGGGGGACGAUACUUUUUACAGAGACAACACGUCAGAUAUUGUGUACAAGUUGAACAAAGAGACCAAUGAGUGGCAGGUACAUGAGGGGAAACUCAAGAAGAAGAGGCCACGUAUUGACGAGGAAGAAGAGUUUGAUACCGAAUCUGAAGAUUCUGAUGAAGAGGAAGGGGAUGGUACAGCUCCUCCAGGGGUGAAGAAUGAUCCCAACAUUGAAUAUGAUGGAGUGACCUACACCAAGCGUGACCCGAGCGACAACAUGGUGUAUGAGUGGGAUGUAAACAGACGAGCAUGGUUCCCAAAGUUAGAUGAAGACUUUAUGGCUACUUAUCAGCUGUCUUAUGGGUUUAAUCCGGAUGGCACAAAGAAUGAGAAUCCGUUGAAAUUUGAUGAUGAAGAGGAAAAGGAGGCUGCAAGAUUAGCAGAAGAGGAAGAAAAGAAAAAGGCUGAAAAGUUGAAGGAAGGAAAGAAGAAACCAACCUGGUUUGAAAUUGAUGAUGCCCGCAACAACAAGGUGUAUGUGAGCAAUCUCCCAGAAGAGACAACAGAGGAAGAAUUUUUAGAACUAAUGCAGAAAUGUGGCAUGGUUCUAAAAGAUGUUAUGUCAAACAAGUACAAGGUCAAGAUGUACAGAGACGGAGAUGGAAACUUCAAAGGGGAUGCUCUCUGUACCUAUAUAAAG